AGUUGCCGGUUCGUCGGUAUAUUGGUGUUUGAAAUCAUCUUACAAGAUGAGGCCACCAUCCUUCAAAAUUUGUUUCAGUCUAUGUUGUCUCUUCCUCGCCGCUACUGCUUUGGGGAAAGAACGGGAUGCUCGAUCGAUAGAGAAAUAUAGGAGCCGAGUGGACGCGUGGUUGGAUGAGGUGGAUGACAGCUUGAAGGAGUUCAAUAAGCUAUCGGCGAAGCUAACUUGGGAUAUGUCCAUCGGUAAAGGCGAUGACAAUACUGUAAAGCAUGCGAAGGAAAUCCUCUUCGUUCGAAAUUCGUGGAAAAAUCGAGUUUGUGGGUCGAAGGUGAAGGAACAGUUAUUGAGAGACGAUCAAAGAAGGAAGAUUUAUUUAUUGUGCAGAGGACCUAAAUUCACCGACGAAACUGCUAAGAUAGAGAUGAAAGCGCUGAACGAGAUGCGCUCAACUUACGGCGUGGAAAUUUGCUUCCCGGAAAAUCAACCGACUACCAUGCACGAGCUGAGUUCACCCACGCAGAAUAUCAGCGAUUAUCCGAAACCUGGACAGUGCUUGAACGGAGAGCCCGAUUUGGAGUGGUUAAUGAAGAGGAUCGAUCUGAAUCCCGAUCAGCUCAAAUGGAUCUGGGAAAGCUGGCAUAACGCGGUGGCGAAGGACAUGAGAGCGGUUUACCCCAAAGUCGUCAGCAUUCAGAAUUUCGUGGCCAGGGCUAACGGUUAUUCUGAUAUGGGUGCGGUUUGGAGGGAUGAACUGGAGAUGUUCGAUCUUCAAAACAUCGUCAUGGAUUUGUACAAGAGUGUUGAGCCUCUGUACAAAAUGCUUCACGCUGCAAUUCGGCAUAAAUUGUUGUUGAAAUACGGACAUUCCGAAAUCGAUCCGACCGGGCCUUUACCAAUACAUCUUCUAGGUAAUAUGUGGGGGCAGGAUUGGUCACCAUUGAUCAAGCUCUUCGAUAACUCGAACGAGCUGAUAGAUUUAAAUUCUAGAAUGAAAAAUGAUAACUGGACUAUUUACGAUAUGGUAUCAGAAGCUGAGGAUUUCUAUACUUCUAUGGACUUAAUGGCAAUGACUCGAAAGUUCUGGAAAAACUCGGUAAUGGAUGAAAACAAUGCAAACAUGUGUCAUGGAUCUGCUGCCGAUAUGUUCACCGGCGAUGAUUACAGGAUGUUGCUGUGCGCUAAAGUGAACAUGGAGUAUUUCUAUGUAAUGCAUCACGAGAUGGGUCACUUGGAAUAUGACAUGGCCUAUAGAUAUCAACCGGCUGUGUUUCAGGACGGUGCGAAUUCGGCGAUCCAUGAAACUAUUGGCGAUGCUAUAAUGCACGGAGUAAUGGCGCCUCCGCAUUUGCAGAGAUUGGGAUUAUUAAGAGACGAUGAACUAAAUGAUAGGCGAAUUGAUGAGUUGCUGCUGCUUCAACAAGCUUUGAACAAAAUUGCCGAAAUACCGUUUGCAUUGAUCGUGGAUAAAUACAGGUGGGAUGUAUUCGCAAACAAAAUCGGAGAGCACGAAUUGAACGACGCUUAUUGGAAGAUGAAUGAGAAAAUCCGCGGUGUCGUUCCACCGACCCGAAGGAGCGAGGCUUAUUUAGACGUUGGCGCUAAGUUCCAUGUACCCGACAACACUCCUUACAUUCGCUAUUUCUUGAGCGGCAUUCUGCAAAUGCAGGUAUUCAAAGGCUUGUGCGAGCUAUCAUUAUACGGAACACAUCCAAACGAAUUUGCGGCUAAGCUCGAUUUACCUUUGCAUCGAUGCGACAUCUACGGUUGCAAACUAUGCGGUGAAGCUUUGAUGCAAGCAAUGUCGCUGGGUUCGAGCGUUCACUGGUCGGAGGUCUUGCGCAUUUUGACUGGUAAAAGUUACAUAACAACAGCACCACUCAGGGAAUACUACAUGCCCAUAGAAUUAUUCCUCAAGGAUUAUAUCAAAGCCAACAACAUCCCCGUAGGCUGGUAAAUAUUGGAAUAUAAGUGUAUAACUUAAUAAUAGUUAAAUAAAGUGUCAGUCUUA